UAAAACAUGUCAUAAAUGUUUUCUCUUCUCUUCAGAUACCACCUCCUCAAACUCCUUCAGAAGUUUGGCAAAGUAAAGCAAUUUGACUUUCUCUUCCACAAGUCUGGUGCUCUGGAAGGGCAGCCCAGGGGUUACUGUUUUGUCAACUUUGAAACCAAACAGGAAGCAGAGAAGGCGAUCCAGUGUCUCAAUGGGAAGCUGGCCCUGUCCAAGAAAUUGGUGGUGCGGUGGGCACACGCACAAGUCAAGAGAUAUGAUCACAAUAAGAAUGAGAAGAUCCUUCCAAUCAGUCUGGAGCCAUCUUCCAGCACAGAGCCACCCCAGUCCAACCUAAGUGUCAGUGCAAAAAUCAAGGCCAUUGAAGCCAAGCUGAAAAUGAUGGCAGAAAAUCCAGACGCAGAAUAUCCUGCAGCACCUGUUUAUUCUUACUUCAAACCACCGGAUAAGAAAAGGACUACUCCAUACUCCAGAGCUGCCUGGAAAUCCAGAAGAUGAUGCUUAUGAAUGGAUGAUGGUAGCAAGAAGCACUGCUUUGUAUACCUGGAGUCCUCCAAUGCUUUUGUACUUUUGUAGAGUGGGAAGGACGGUGCCACCUGAGCGGGGCACGGCCAGCACAGCCCUCUGUCACACCCGAGGGACUGCACGCUCCUGCCUGUGCAGCUCACAGCUGAAGGCUGUUGAGAGAAAUAGGUUCCCUUCAAAGCCUCUGAUGAACACACAGGCAAACCUCUUGUUAGUGUGCAUUCAUUAGCCAGAUUAGAAACAGUAACCAGCGUUCGGAGUAAAGCACAUCCAAAAAUACUCCAUUUAACUGAUUACUUUUUAAAGUAUUUUUGAACAAAAUGUAUUCCAAUUCAUGUUUUAAUGGAAGGGGAAGCACUUGGUUUUGAUUAACAUGCUGUAGUUAUAAUGGAAAAACUUUUUCAUCUCAAUAAAACUCAUUUUAAAUAGAUCUUGCAACACCUUUAGUAACUGUGCAUGGGAUAUUUUAUAUGCACCAAAGCCAAUUGAUUUUGCAUUUUGAUUUGCACACUCCACAAGGUUACUUUAUGACAUGGUAAUGACACAGCACAGGUAUUUUCAGUGUCAUUUAGGCUGUAGGUGUGUGCCUGCAUGUAGGAAUUAGUGCAUUUACACACCACCGAGAUCUGUGCUGUGCCCUGAACUUUGGCAUUUCUGUUCAGUGAUCCCUGAUGGUGGCAGCUCCUCAUGAGCCAGAUGUAACUGCAGCCUCUGAGACAUGUGCCAAGCCAUGAACUUGGUUUUUCCCCCCUGUCCUGCCCAGCUUUGCUUUCCAUGAGCUGGUAGAGGUGGUCAGCUGCCACUUGGUGUGAGGUGGCACCACUGUAAAACAGAAAGCUGAGGAAAAAACAUUUUCUGGCAGCAUUUUCUCCUUUGUGCACACAGUGCAGUGACUGCAUGUGCCAGGGGGAUGUCAGAGAGCUCCUGUGCUCAGGUCCAGGUGACACUGCUCUGAUUUUUCCUCCCCAGUCCUGUCAGACCUCAUCAGUCACUCUUGAGCUGUUCCCCCAAACUGGUUAAUGGUGGUCUCAAAGAGGAGGAGGAAAACAAUUUGGGAAGAGCCCCGGUUUGUGCAGGCAGGAGUUGCUCAGUGGCACAGCCCAGGGAGGUUUGUAUUCCUGCAGCAGCAGCAGCAGCACACCUCCCUUCAGGCAGAGCUGGCUUCCUGCUGCCGAAGCGAGCACCUGGAACGGAGCCGUGCCUGUCUGUGGCGGAGGAUUGUUGAAAGCCUCAAUUGUUCUAAAGUAGGUCUCGUGCUGUUAAUGUUUGUUUCCUAGUUUUUGGUUACCUGAGUAGAGGGAAAAGUAGUAUUCUUGGGAGUUUGUACCCUUCUGAAUGUCAGUGACAGCUGUUUGCAUUCCUAUGAACAGCCUGUGUUUGUUCCUGUGUGCUCUAACGUUUGUAGCUUUCUGGGUCUGUAUCCGCGUUGUUUAGAACAGCUCUGAAUUCUGUUCCCGUUAGGAGUUCAGGAGAUACCUGGUUACAAAUGGGUGUGUGCCUGUGCUCCCAUCAGAAGCAUAUUUUGAUAUUUAUUUGUAUUUGAAUACAAUUUGUUGAAAUUCUUAAGCUCUAAAUAAACAUUUAAAAUGCA